AUGGCAGCCCGCCCCUCCAACAUCGGUAUCAAGGCCAUUGAGCUGUACUUCCCAAGCCAGGCAACCCUUCAGUGUGUCGACCAGGCCGAACUCGAGAAGUUUGAUGGCGUCUCUCAGGGAAAGUACACAAUCGGCCUCGGCCAGACCAAGAUGUCCUUUUGCGACGAUCGUGAGGACAUGUACUCGCUCGCCCUGACAACCGUCUCCUCGCUGUUUCGCAAGUACAGCAUCGACCCCAAGAACAUUGGCCGCCUCGAGGUGGGCACCGAGACGCUGCUGGACAAGUCCAAGUCGGUCAAGUCGGUGCUCAUGCAGCUGUUUGAGGAGUCUGGCAACUACAAUGUCGAGGGGGUUGACACCGUAAAUGCCUGCUACGGCGGCACCAACGCCCUGUUUAACUCGGUCAACUGGAUCGAAUCCUCGGCAUGGGAUGGUCGUGACGCUGUGGUUGUCGCUGGUGACAUCGCCCUCUACAAGAAGGGCAACGCCCGCCCGACCGGUGGUGCUGGCUGCGUUGCCAUGCUCAUUGGCCCCAACGCACCCAUUGUCAUGAACGCUGGCCUCCGUGGCUCCUACAUCAGGCACGCCUACGACUUUUACAAGCCCGACUUCACGAGCGAGUACCCUAUCGUGGACGGUCACUUCUCCGUCCGCUGCUACACCGAGGCUGUUGAUGCAUGCUACAAGGCCUACAACGCACGGGAGGAGACUCUCAAGUCGCAACAAAAUGGCGCCAAUGGCCAUGCCCAAGGCCAGGAGACACCGCUUGACCGCUUCGACUACAUGGCUUUCCACGCACCAACCUGCAAGCUCGUGUCCAAGUCUUAUGCGCGCAUGCUCUACAACGAUUAUCUCACAAACCCAUCCAACCCAAUCUUCGCCGACGUGCCCGCCGAGCUGCGUGAUCUGGACUAUGCCACUUCCGUUACAGACAAGACGGUCGAAAAGACGUUCAUGGGGCUCGCGAAGAAGCGAUUCGCCUCCCGCGUCCAACCCAGUAUCCAGGUCCCGACCCAAUGCGGCAACAUGUACUGUGGCAGUGUCUACGGAAGCUUGUGCAGCUUAUUGGCCAACAUCAGCAGCCAGGACCUGCAGGGCAAGACUAUUGGUUUGUUCAGCUACGGAAGUGGACUCGCAUCCUCGCUGUUCUCCUUCAAGAUCACUGGCAGCACCGAGAACAUUGCCAAGCAGCUCGACAUUCAGAGCCGUCUGGAGAAGAGGCGGGUGGUUGGCCCAGAAGUGUACGACGAGAUGUGCAACCUUCGUGAGCAGGCUCACCUGAAGAAGGACUACACCCCCAAGGGUAGCGCCGAUACCCUUUUCCCGGGCACAUACUACCUCACCGGCAUCGACGGCAUGUUCCGCCGCACCUACGAAAUCAAGCAGUAG